UGCUCUCUGUAUAUCGAUAUCAGGCAAAUACAAGUUUUUUUUUCUCUGCUGGCUUGUGAAAAAUUUUCUGUGUGUACCCAGCGACGCAAUUAAUACAUAAGUGCGCCACAGAUAAAUAGGAAUAGACGAGAUUAAAUUCUAGUAACCGCUACAAAAUAUACACUAAGAGGAACAACAAAUAAAGAAAAUCAUGCCACGAUAUCGCGAAUGGGACUUGGCCUGCAAAGUUUACGUGGGCAAUUUGGGCUCAUCGGCCUCCAAAUAUGAGAUUGAGAACGCCUUCAGUAAAUACGGCCCGCUGCGCAACGUUUGGGUUGCUCGCAAUCCGCCAGGCUUUGCCUUUGUCGAGUUCGAGGAUCGACGCGAUGCCGAAGACGCAACACGCGGCCUUGACGGAACUCGCUGCUGUGGCACACGCAUCCGCGUCGAAAUGUCCUCCGGCCGUUCACGCGAAGGUCGCGGAGGUGGUGGCGGCGGCGGCGGUGGCGGAGGAGGUGGCGGCGGCGGUGGCGGACGUCGUGGAGGUCGCAGCGGCAGUGGUGGCGGCGGCGGUGCAGCCGCUCGGGCAGGCGACGCUGGCGGACGCUAUAGGAUAAAGUCUACUUCUACUACAAGCACAACAAGAACAACAACAACAACAGCUACUACUACUACUAGAACUUCUACUACUCCUCCUCUUCCUUCAACAAGUACAACAACUACUACAACAACAAGAACAACUUCACGUCUCAUAACUACUACAACAACAACAAGAACAACAACAACAACAGCUCCUGCUCCUCCUAUUACACACAUUUCACCACCACCACCAACAACAACAACAAGAACAACAACACCACCAAAACCACCACCAACAACAACAACAAUAACUACAACUAUAACAACACAACCAACAACAAAAUUCUGCGGCUUUCUGAUAAAUGCCUAUUUCAACAAAUACGAUAUAUUCCGCUGACUGCAAUAUAAUAACCACAGCAACCAACCAACCAACCAACAAGAACAACCACAGCAUUUAUGCUACUCCUCUCAAGCUCUUUACCAGCAUCUAUAUAUAAGUAUAUUAUAUAUGGCAAUGUUUAACAGCAGAGGGCAGUGUCCAGGUCAUCCAAUUGCAGCAAGCAGCAUCCUCAACAAGCAACAUACAUCACACUCAACACAACACAACACACAAUCAACAAACACACUCACUUGUUUCAUUUAACACAUCUACUAUCUCUUUCUAUAUCAUAUUCACUCUCACACAAAUUCACAAUUGACACGAUCAACCGAAGCGCAAGCGAGUGAGCAGCAGUCAGUCAGUCAGUCAAUCAAUCAAUCAAUCAACUGCCAGCCAUCGUCGCAUCUUUUCACCAACAACAACAACAAAUACAACAACAAUCUUCAUACUUCAUCAUAUGCUUCUACAACAACAACCAUUCGCUCUCACAUAUUAACAAACUACAACAACAACAACAACACUAUCAACACUAAACAGCAAGAACAACAACAACAACAACCAGAACCAACAACAACAACAAUAAGCAAUCAAGCAAGUGCAACAACUGACCCAGCAAAAGCAAUGCAAGCAAAGCAAUCAAAAAUCUAACUCCAAUUUACACCACCAACCAAGCAACCAGUCAAUCAACCAACCAACCAAUCAGCCAAUCAAUCAAUCAAUCAGCCAAUCAAUCAACCAAUCAACGCUUCCAACAGCCUACUACUACUAUGUACAACAACAACAACAACAACUACCUACUACUACUACUAUGUACAACUGCUACUACUUCUACAACUGUAGAGACAAGAAAACAACUGUAAAAAUGACAACUUUGCAGUGUCUUCAGACUUCAGUCAGACGCCUCUCAGCGUGCGCCCGGGUUGCUGCCUCUCUCUCUCUUUCUCUCUCUCUCUCUCUCCACAGCUCAACUGCUUCUUUCAUCCCCAACUACUAUAUGCAUAUAUAUAUCGAUAUAGAGAUAUAUAUAUGUGUUUAUCUGUAUAUAAACAUCAUCUUCUCAUCUUCAAGCAGCCUCUACAACCAACCAACCACCACCAACAACAACAACUACUACUACAACUUCAAGAACAACAACAACAACAACUACUACAGCUACUACAUGCAUCAACAAUGCAACAAACAACCCGAAAAAAAGAAAAGAAAAGCAAACAAGUUCAGCUUUAUGAGGUUUUCCUUGUUUCUUUUCAUUUUAACUUUUGUUGUUGCUCUUUGCUCCUAGAUAUAUCACCUCAGUCUUGCACCAACAACAACUACAACAAC